AUGAGUACCUGUAUGGAGCGUUUCUUUUGCCCCAAUAAACCAGUCUGCAGCACUGGCAGAAGGGCCACCUUCUAUUAUCCUGGCGGUGGGUCCUACUCGGGCUACUGGCUGUGCAACAAGCACGAGGGCUGGGGUGUCAAGAAGACGGCCAAACGAACAUCGCAAUUCUAUUUCGGUAAGAAGCAGCCGGAGGGUCAGCUGGUCUACGAGGGUCACUGGGUCAAUAACAAGCGACAGGGAGUGGGAUCCAUGCUCCGCAAGCGAGGAACGGAUAUGCAGCUUAUAUAUUCCGGGCGGUGGUACGAUGACAUGAAGUGUGGCGAGGGCAAGCAGUUCUAUCCCGACGGAUGCGUCUACUUUGGGAAAUGGCUGAGGAACCGACGACACGGACUGGGCAUCCAAUGGUACAAUGAUGGCAGCAUCUAUGCAGGCGAUUGGGAGACGGGAUUUCGACAUGGUCUGGGGGUCAUGUUCUACGCUAAUGGUAAUCGUUACGAAGGACACUUUGCACGAGGCUAUAAAAAUGGUGAGGGAGUCUUUUAUCACAUGCACACUGGUCAAAUUCAGAAGGGAAUGUGGGAAAAUGAUAAUGCGAAGACAUCGGUGAUGCAAGAUGAUCACCUUCAUCAGCGGAAUGAUAAAGUAGCUCCGUAUCCUAUCCCAAGAAACUAUCUUAAGUACCCAAACGAAAUAAUGCGAGAACUUUUCCAGAAAUACCAUGCUCUUGGCGACAAACCCCACCGUCGAUUCAAUGACAAAGUCAGUCUCGAUUUUAUACAUCACCACCGACAAUACGCCUCCUUCGAAGAGCGCUUUGCAUCGCCAACAAUUGUGGAUCUGUAUCCCAAUGCUAAGUUUUCUUGUACUUGCGAUUGCGAACAGAUUGCCAGAAAUGAAACCAAUGUUAGUCAGAUCUAGUGUUGAUCUAAAAAAAAUGUGCGAGUUUAACAAUCAAAAAUAAAUUAUAUGUUCUGA